CUUCGUUACUGUUGUAAUGGUCAGAGCACCAAAGAUUGCACUGUCAACGUCAAACAAACGCCCCAAAAAACUGAUUAAAAGACAGCUUUAAAAAACUAAAGAAAUAUGGACGACGACGUGUUGACAACUUUGAAAAUAUUGAUAAUUGGUGAGAGUGGUGUCGGAAAGUCAAGGUAAGAUAGUCUUUGUUUUGAAGUUUUGCUCAUUGCAGGAGGGCUGUUUUGCCUACAAUCUUGAGCUAGCUACAGUAGGUAACUUAGGUAGCUAACGUUAGUUGGAUAACAAGCUGCAUCCCUUUGUCCUUUGAAUUCGGAAUAAAAAUCCGUUUCCUACACUUUUGCUUUUUAUCAUCUUACUUAAUGAUUAUUUAAAUAUUUGCUGGUAAGUUGCUAGCUACGUGUUAAAGUUAUUUUUUCUUUGUUGUCUAGCAGAACCAGUAUGCAAAGGAAACGAUGAAUAGCUUUCUGGGCACAGAGGAGAUCUCGUCACAUUCAUCUGUCUCGUUUGCCCAGAUACUGGUUCAGCUAUUAGCUAGCCAGCUAGCUAGCUGAAAUAAGUGCUUUUCUGGAACUGGUGCUGUGUGGCAAGCCCACCCCACACCAGCCCUUGCUUGCUAGUUAGCUAACUAAAUAGUUUUCCUAGGUUGUGGGCUAGCUAGGCUAUAUUUGGUGUGUCAGUGUUACAAUGCCUGCUCUCUGACAUGGUAUUGCCCUUCUGUCCCCAAACAGUCUUCUCCUGAGAUUCACAGAUGAUACUUUUGACCCAGAACUAGCAGCAACCAUAGGUAAGUCUAAAGGAGCUCCAUCAUCAAAGGAGUGUUCCCCAGUGCACUGUAAAUGGGGAGGGGAAAACACACAAUUCCCACUCUAACAGCCCUUUUGACACAGUUGCUAGGCCUAUGUGACAUUGGAAUAUUGUUGUCACACAUUAGGCUAUUCAUAUUUAUGGGUCACCACUUGAAAGCCAUUGGUUCCUCUGAGUCUGCUCCUUCCAUUCUCUUUUUGAUACAGGUGUGGAUUUCAAAGUCAAAACAAUUGCAGUGGAUGGGAACAGAGCCAAGCUUGCUAUUUGGGUAAGUGUAUGAAAAUAAUGUAUUUUGUAUUAUCAUUCAAAUCUAAUCUCUAUCACUGUAAGUGGAUUGAUUAUCUUAGGUGUGGCCAAUGUACUCUGUGAUCUGUGAAGUGAACAUCAGGAAAUUCACUUACUUAAAGGGACAAUCUGUAGUUCAAACAAAAACAAAGCGGAAACCCGCCACUGUUUUGGUAAAUAACUGAGGGAUGGGGCUGAAGUGAACCAGUAUCUGUGCGUUAUAGACCUCUCUAACUCUCAUUCACCAGCUCUGCAAGCAUUAUGAUGUCAAAAUACGUUUGUUUAUCACCAAAUAUGGAGUUUCGUGGAGCAACUAUCAUCAUUUACUCCUGUUACGGCUGGUAUGUAAUUUUAACAAAGGUCAAAAUAAAAAUGUACAAGCAACUGAAGAAAUGCCUGUUGUAGACUUCCAACCUGUGUGUGGCAGGAAUGAGUGAUUGCUGGAGGUGCCAAAUAGGAUUUUUUUUUUCUUCGGUUGCUUGUACAUUUUUUUAUUUAGACCUUUUGUUGGAAGUACAUACCAGCCGUAACAGGAGUAAAUGAAGAUAGUUUCUCAAUGAAACUCCAUAUUUGGUGAUAAUCUAGCAUAUUUUGACAUUGUAACGCUUGCAGAGCUGGUGAAUGGGAGUUUGAAUCAGAGCUUUCUGGGUGUUAGAGAGAUCAUGUACAGUGCCUUCAGAAAGUAUUCACACCCCUUGACUUUUUCCACAUUUUGUUGUAUUCACACCCCUUGACUUUUUCCACAUUUUGUUGUGUUACAGCCUGAAUUUUAAAAUGGAUUAAAUUAAAAUUGUGUCACUUGCCAACACACAAUACCCCAUAAUGUCAAAGUGUCUUUGUUAUGGCAAGCCUAAAAAAGCUCAGGAGUAAAGAUUUGCUUAACAAGUCACAAGUUGCAUGGAUCACUCUGUGUGCAAUAAUAGUGUUUAAAAUGAUUUUUGAAUGACUACCUCAUCUCUGUACACCACACAUACAAUUAUCUGUAAGGUCCCUCAUUCGAGCAGUGAAUUUCAAACAGAUUCAACCACAAAGACCAGGGAUGUUUUCCAAUGCCUCGCAAAGAAGGGUACCUAUUCGAAGUGAUGCAGACAAUUACAUUGAUGGAAGUUACAAUCUAUCUGCAAUAUUAAAGCUGAUCUACCCCCUAACAAAAUUAUAAAAAAUAAAUAAAUAAAAAGGCCACCUAUUGGUAGAUGGGUAAAAAAUAAAAACAGCAGACAUUGAAUAUCCCUUUGAGCAUGGUGAAGUUAUUAAUUACACUUUGGAUGGUGUAUCAAUACACCCAGUCACUACAGAGAUACAGGAGUCCUUCCUAACUCAGUUGCCGGAGAGGAAAGAAACAGCUCAGCGUUUUCACCAUGAGGCCAAUGGUCAUUAUAAAACCGUUACAGAGUUUAAUGGCUGUGAUAGGAGAAAACUGAGGAUGGAUCAACAACAUUGUAGUUAUUCCACAAUACUUACCUAAUUGACAGUGUGAAAAGAAGGAAGCCUGUACAGAAUACAAAUAUUCCAAAACAUGCAUCCUGUUUGCAACAAGGCACUAAAGUAAUACUGCAAAAAAAUGUGGCAAAGAAAUUAACUUUAUAUCCUGAAUACAAAGUGUUAUGUUUGGGGCAAAUCCAACACAUCACAUCACUGAGUACCACUCUUCAUAUUUUCAAGAAUGGUGGUUGCUGCAUCAUGUUAUGGGUAUGCUUGUCAUCGGCAAGGACUAGGGAGUUUUUUUUAGGAUAAAAACUAAACGAAAUGGAGCUAAGCACAGGCAAAAUCCUAGAGGAAAACCUGGUUCAGUCUGCUUUCCAACAGACACUGGGAGACAAAUUCACCUUUCAGCAGGACAAUAACAUAAAACCCAAGGCCAAAUAUACACUGGAGUUGCUUACCAAGAUGACAUCGAAUGUUCGUGAGUGGCCUAGUUACAGUUUUGACUUAAAUCAGCUUGAAAAUCUAUGGCAAGACUUGAAAAUGGCUGUCUAGCAAUGAUCAACAACCAACUUGACAAAGCAAAGAAGUAUAAUGUUUAAAAUAAAAAUGUGCAUAUAUUGUACAAUCCAGUUGUGCAAAGCUCUUCGAGACUGGCCCAGAAAAACUCAGCUGUAAUUGCUGCCAAAGGUGAUUCUAACAUGUAUUGACUCAAGGGGUUGAAUACUUAUUUAAUCAAGAUACUGUAUGUGUAGAUCAUUGACAAAAAAUGACAAAUCCAUUUUAAUCCCACCUUGUAACACAACAAAAUGUGGAAAAAGUCAAGGGGUGUGACUCCUUUCUGAAGCACUGUAGAACAGCUUCGACAAGGAUAGAGUUGCACGCACCAUUGGGUUGCACCAUGAGAUGGCGCUAUUGUGUAACGUGUCGCAUAGAGAAGAAAUGUCAGCGGAAGGUUGGCCUCCCAAAGCGAAAUCCACGACCCUAGUAGGACCUGGGAAGAUUGACUUGUUUUAGUCUUUACUGAAUGUGAAGCUCUUCACAGUCUCAUCAGAAUUUGAUCAUUGUGACUCAUCAAAAAAUACAAUUUCGUGAACUAAUUGAAAUGGUAAUGUUACAGCUAUGUUAUAGCUGGCAUGGCAUGGGGUAACAGUUUCUGUGUUCAAUGCUGAAGGUCGGCACACUGAUUUUCUCUCACUGAUGCCGGUUGUUGUUGACUUUCUGUCAGGACACGGCAGGACAGGAGAGGUUCCGGACCCUGACGCCCAGCUACUACCGUGGUGCACAGGGAGUUAUACUAGGUGAGGUGGUGUUUUGUCUCAUGGCCAACAGUGGUGUACAUAUUACCACCUCUGGAGCCGUAUGUACCAAGCGUGCUGAUCCAGGAUCAGGCUCCUGCCUGUCCUUACAAUCUUAUUCAUGAUGAUGUAAAAAUGGCAAAGGACUCAUACUCUGAGAAGCCCCCCUGGUCUCCCAAAAAUGAGGUGCCUAUUUCAAAUACUCCACCACAUUCUCAAAUCUGAACCUGUCUAGUACUGUGGACCUCCACACUAUGAUUUGAGGACCCCCCCCCCCCCCCCCCCCCCCCCCCGCUUGUAUAACACAUCUUAAUUGUAGCUAUGGAUGAAGGUACAGACACUGUUAAUCUCCUCUCUUUUGCUGUUAGUGUACGAUGUCACUAAACGGGACACGUUCACGAGGCUGGAGAACUGGCUGAACGAACUGGAGACGUACUGCACACGGAAUGACCUCGUCAAAAUGCUGGUCGGGAACAAGAUUGAUAAGGAGGUGGGUGUCCCGGUACCAUCGUGGGUCAAUACCUGUCUGGCAUGAAUCUGUCUUUCAGGUGUGCUUCUCUUAUAUUGUCACCUUAGCUGCCGUCUUUGUCUCUCAUUGUCGGAUGGAGCGAAUAAUGUCGUAUCACUUAGCAAUGUUUUGUGUUGCUGGUAUCAUACCUGAUGGUACACCACAUUCCAGAUGCUAGGACUAUAGAUGGUUCUAUUGUUGUCAUAACAACAUUCCAGAUGCUAGGACUAUAGAUGGUUCUAUUGUUGUCAUAACAACAUUCCAGAUGCUAGGACUAUAGAUGGUUCUAUUGUUGUCAUAACAACAUUCCAGAUGCUAGGACUAUAGAUGGUUCUAUUGUUGUCAUAACAACAUUCCAGAUGCUAGGACUAUAGAUGGUUCUAUUGUUGUCAUGAGUUGUCAAACAGGCUAACACCUGUUAUGUGAACCCAUUGUUGAAUUUGACAGUUCAGUUUUUGUUUCAGGAAAACCGUGAAGUUGACAGAAACGAAGGCCUUAAGUUCGCAAGGAAACACUCCAUGCUUUUUAUUGGUAAGUUCUUCAUCCUUGUAAAAUAGCUGGCCGUCUAUGAGUAAAGGAACCCGGAUACUGAAGUGAAAAACAAAGCGAUGCAGGGACUCAGAAAUAUGUUAAUAGGGUCUACUACAUAAAGACAUCUACAUCUUUUACCGUUUCGUGAUUAAAUACCAGUUGGAGACUAACUUUACAACAAUGUGCAGACUCUUUUUUAAUUCGAGCACAGAUGUCGUCCUGUAACUCUCCUUUGACAUUCCUAAUCUCCACUGUCAGCGCCACGCUGAAGGAUGCAGCCCUUCCAGGAGAAUUGCAUUACGAUCGCAAAUCUGCAGUCAAUCAUCUAUCAAACCCAUUUCUACAUAUGUUUCUAUUUCCCAGCUCCAUCUGCCUCCUGAAAUUAGGUUAUAGCAUUUCUGAAGACUUUCCAUUUUAGAAUGACUAAAUUAAGGGUUUUGAAAAAGGGCAAUGUUUUUGUUUUUAUGUGCCGUGUAGGCUACACAGUGCCCAAUAUAUACUUUUUCUAAAUGCAAACAUUUAUAUUUUAUGAACUCUGAAUGUGUAUGGCUUACGUUGGCCUGCAGUUUUGUCUACACAAGUCAAUCUAAAUUACCCAAAUCGAGAUCAUCAUACGUCAGAAAAUCAACAGAUUAAAGAUAUCUCCUUAGAAAAUGACCUUAAUGCAUGGAGUGGGUGAAUCAGACAUCAAUCUGGGGGGGGGGGGAAUCCAUCCCAGUCCGAUGUGGUAAUGGCACUUGUCAUGCACAGAUUUUGUUGCGUUAAAAUCUGUGACGUGAUUUCAUCAAUAUUUCUCAGCUACUGGGAUUUAAACAUAAAUAGUGCUGAACGUAUGUUUACCCACAGUCAUUUCUGCUCCUAUUUAUUCCAAACCUAAAAUAGUGUUUAGUGAAUUUGCGUUGUUGCAUCCCCAUACGUUGAUACCACACUAAUGUGCCCUUCCACCCUGGCAGAGGCCAGUGCUAAAACCAGGGAUGGUGUCCAGUGUGCCUUCGAGGAGCUGGUGGAGAAGAUUCUCCAGACCCCAGGGCUUUGGGAAAGCGACACCCAGCCCCGGGGCGUCCAACUGGGGGACAAGGAGCAGCGCGGGGCGGGGAGCUGUGGAGGAUACUGCUCCGUACUGUAAACUGGAACCAACCCAAACGGCAUACUGGAAACCAGAAACUGAGAAGAAUAUUAAGAGUCCGUUAAUACCGUGUGGUUUUCUGAGACACGACAAGGUAUCAUCUGUACCUUUCUGAGGUCUUGGUCCAAAAGGGACUUUGCAGUUUGCACACUUCCUGUACUGCCAGUCAGUUGUCACAGUGCAUUACGUCGUGUUGAAAACAUGGUCGAUAUUCAUCAUGUAUAAAAUAUCACGCUAAAUGAGGUUCAUUGUUUUAUCUAUCAAGUUUGUUGUUAACCACACCAAGUCACAUAUACGUCUUGUCAAACACAUCAUGGUGAAAUGGUGAUUUUCCUCUCUACAAUAUUAAUAUUGUAUACAUUCGGCUACACGUUUAUGCAAUACAGUAUGAAUAUGAUCACUACAUCAUGUCAAAUAACUACCAAGUUAUACCACAAAUACCUUUUUGCUAUUUAUGUCAAGUCCUCUGCUUGAUGAGUAGAUCUGCAUGCCUUAACCAUGGUUACCAUAGGACCAAUAGAUGAAGGGAGUGAGGGUUCAGAACUUUCACACGCCUUCAUUUAGUCUUAGCUAGUGUUUAUAGGCCUAUAGCCCCCCCCGUAAGCAGUUCAUAACAGCUGACAUAGGCGUUCAUCACCCACACAUUGUGCUCCUAAAGAAAAUAUGUCACGUAAUAUAUUUUAUUAAACAUCCAUUUAACAUGGAAGGCAUGUGUACGCUUCGCAGUUGGUUUUACCAAUGUAUCCCACUGGUUGACAACAAUUAUCAUUUUUAUCCCCUGCCAUUUUAUUUACUUGGUAAUUUCUCUAUUCCAAGCUGCUAAAUAUUUAUAGGAUCAUUUUCUUCCACUUUUUAGUUCUUGAUGUGGGAAGCUAAUUUUAAACGCUGUUGAAUAUUGCAGAUUUUUAAUACAGGGGUUGCACGCUACAUGCAAUGUGAUACGUCUUGGCAAGCGCUGUCCAUGUAGCUGCAGUGUUCAUAUAGCCUAGUGAUGUGCAUGUUCAUAGCUGUCACUGGCUCAAAUGUUGAAGGGAAAAAAAAAAGUUACAUCGUGUUUAUUAUUAAAGCUGUUGCGAUUAUAAAGGCUUUUUCUUUAAUUCACCAAAGCUUGGUUUCAUUCUGACCUAGCUGGUCCUUCAAUCAAGCCUUCUUAUUAAAUAAUGGUCAUCAGUUCAAGCACGCUUAGGAAUGUUCAUUGGAUCCUGUGGUCUGGAAAAGUGAUGAAUUACAUGGAUCAGUCCAACAGGUUUCUCUCCUCCAGCCUGUUCGACAGAGAUGUUUAUGUAUUCCCUUGUCUCCUGCCUAGUUAAAUGGUCCACUCCAUCAGUUAUUACACACCCGAGUCAUGUCACACCACAUACGUACAUGCACAAACUCGUUGUCAAGACAGAUUUGAGUCUUGGGGCAUUAUAUCUGUAGCAAGAUAUACAGUAUGAUGGUUGCAUGUUUGCUAUUUGUUUCCCAAUUUCUUUUGGUUUUGAAUUUGAAAUAAUUAUCCUCUUUAUUUGUUGUAUUUUCAAUUUUUGUCUUGACCUUUUUUAAGUAGGCGCGUUUGCUAUCCAAGAAUCCCCUUAUGAAUAUCUAUGCCUUAACAUUCAAAUGACACUUGUAAGUGGUGUUGUGCUCAGUCAUAACAUGGAUAUUUGUAUUAUUUCAAACUGAAAUAAAAGACAAUCUGAAGAAGAGGAAUGUUCUGGAUUUGAGUUUGUUGUUCGAGU